AUGAAACGAAAUAAUUUUAAAAACCAUAAAGCUGGCAAAAAGGCGCGUACCACGAAAAAAUACAUCAACUUAAAUUUAAGUGAAAGACAUAAUGGUGAAAUUAUGCAACCACAGACAAUUAUGUUCAGAACUGUUUUUGAAGAUGGAGAAGAAGGACCUCAAAUUACUAUGAAAAAAUUAACAAAUUUGGGAAAUAAAACGAACGUAAUAUUAUGGGUUAAACAAUUUAAAGAAGCUAAAAGAAGCUGUAAAUGGUCAGAAUCAAAGUCAUUAGAGGCUUUUAGACUUCUUAUUGGAGAUAACCUUUAA